GCUCCAGCCGCCGCCUUACCUUCAGCAAAUACACUCCGAGUGGAGACAUGCUCAGAGCUACACGGAGGGAAACGGAAGACUGUCCAAGGCUAGGAUGACUCUGAUUCCUAAAUACACUGGAGCAACAAUACUUUUACUGUGUGUUCUAAUUGAAAUUGGACAACUUUAUCCAAAUAAUGACUUUGGCUGUGAAGAAUGCAAACUCAAGGAGAACAAUAUUUUCUCAAAACCUGGUGCUCCUGUGUAUCAGUGCAUGGGAUGCUGCUUUUCCAGAGCUUAUCCAACUCCUUUGAGGUCCAAAAAAACUAUGCUGGUGCCAAAGAAUAUCACAUCUGAAGCAACAUGUUGUGUUGCCAAAGAGGUUAAACGGGUUAUCGUUAAUGAUGUAAAGCUAGUGAAUCACACAGACUGCCAUUGCAGCACUUGCUACUAUCAUAAGUUUUAGAUGCCAUGACUUCGAAACAAACAUUUCACUAGUCUGUUCAAAAAAUCCCUUAAACGUAAAUCACACAGCAAAAAGAAAAGUAUUUUUUUCAUGUGUAUACUCAAAGUUCUGUGAAUAAUGUUAUUUAGCUAUAACUGCUUGUCCUAUUAGUUUAAAAACUUAAAACAAUCUGCUAAGUGUAAUUUGCCAUUGUAACGUGACUUCAAAAUAAAGCAUAUGCUGCACCUAUGU